GCCGGUGACGGUGACAGGGAGAGGCGGGCCGGGCCGGGGCGGCACCAGCUGCGCGGAGAAAAAGAGCUGCGGAGGUUCCGCCGUCUCCCGGCAGGUGGAGGCGGUCCCGGCGGAGGCAGCGGGCAGGCACCUCCGAGCCGGGACCGGGACCGGGACCGGGACCGGGACGGCAGCGCGGGGUUCGGGGGCUCCCAUGGGCAGGGUCCCAGGCUCCGGCCGCCACCGCCGCCAGCCCCGAGCGGCGGCCGCAGCGCUCCGCUGCACCGGGCGGCCGGCGGGGCGGCGGGCUCUGCGGGCCGGGCCAUGGCGCUGCGGGACGGCGGCGGGUCGGUUGCGGACGACCUGGCCAACGCCGCCGCCCGCGGGGACCUGCAGCGCCUGAGGGAGCUGCUGGACGGCGCGGCAGACCCCAACGCCGUCAACACCUACGGCCGGACUCCCAUCCAGGUGAUGAUGCUGGGCAGCCCGCGGGUGGCCGAGCUGCUGCUGCAGCACGGGGCAGACCCCAACCGCCCCGACCCCCGCACCGGCUGCCUCCCGGCUCACGAUGCUGCCCGCUCCGGCUUCCUGCAGACGCUGGUGGCCCUGCACCGGGCCGGGGCGCGCCUCGACCUGCCCGACGGCCGCGGCCGCCUCCCCCUCGACGUGGCGGAGGGGGGUCCGCACGGGCCCGUGGGCCGGUACCUGCGGCAGCCGCCCCCCCGCGCGUAGCCACCGCCUGGGAUACCUUCCCCCCUCCUAAUUUAUUGCCCGCGCCCACCUCGGGAGAGAAGCAUCUGAGUAGCACUCACUCGUUGUAAAUUAUCCCCGAGUAGCAUCCCUCUGCUCAGGUGGGCUUAAGACCGACGGGACACGUAUUGAUUUGUGCGCGGUAUUUUGCACGUGUCUGCAUGUUGUCUUGCACCUGAAACCCCUCCAUGCCCCUCUGUUAUUUUGGGGGGUUGUGGGUUUGUUUUGUUUGUUUGUUUAUUUGUUUUGUUGUCGUGUUUUUUUUAAAGCGAGGGUCCAACACUGUGAAAAGAAAUAAAUAUGAAGGAAAAGUUCUGCACAAA